AUGGGUCAGGCCGGGGCGGGGAACGCCUCGCGGCCGCUCAGCCGGAUCCUAGGUCACGAAAUCCGCGCGUCCCACGGUAUCCCGUUGGGGGAUCAGGGCGCGGUUCUUCCCGGACCCGACGGAGAUCUGGGGGCCGCCCCAGCUCUCUCUCCGGCCUCUGACCCGACGGACGGGGUGGCACGAUGCGAGCCACGCUCCGAUCCGACCCCGGUCACCAAGACUUUCCGCCCGCAGCCAGAAACCGGCCUCCUUUCUACCGAACCGAAAGGCCUGGGCACCUGGGAGCGUCGGAAGCGUCGGAGCGUCCCGGGGUCGUCGGCACUGUCCUCCCUGGCCAGGAAUUACCGCCCGUUGCCGAAACCCUGUGGCAACGUGAGCGGCAACGCCGGGGUGGACGGGCCGGGCCGGGCCAUGCAGGGGUCCGGCCUGGGGGUCUCCUUGCUGGGCUGGGUCCUGGCGUGCCUGACCACCUACCUGCCCCGCUGGAAGGACCUGACCCUGGAUCUGAACGAGCUGGAGCACUGGACGGAGGGGCUGUGGCAGGCCUGCGUCAGCCAGGACGAGGGCGGCGCCGUCCAGUGCAAGGAGCUGGACUCCUUCCUGGCCCUGCCGGCCGAGCUGCGGGCCGCCAGGGUCCUCAUGGUCCUGUCCCACGGGCUGGGCCUGCUGGGCCUGCUGGCCGCCGGGGCCGGCCUCGACUGCCUCAAGUUGGCCGUCGGGCCCGGGGGCCGCAAGCCGCGGCUGCUGGCCCUCGGGGCCGCCCUGCUCUGGGGCUCCGGCCUCGCCGUCCUGGUGCCCGUGUCCUGGGUGGCCCGGCAGAUGGUCCGCGACUUCUGGGACCCCUCGGUGCCCGACAUCGUGCCCCGCUGGGAGUUUGGCGAGGCGCUCUUCCUGGGCUGGUUCUCCGGCUCGGCCCUGCUCCUGGGAAGCGGCCUGCUGGGUGGUGCGGCCUACCUGGGCUCGACGCCCGGACCCCAGGCUGGGGACGAUGUCCUCGACGCCUGCCGGCCCCUGGAGAUGGACGGCUCCGGCUCGACGGUCUAG